AUGCCAACAUUAUUGGGAGUUGGGAACCAAUCUGCAGCUGCACCUAUUGGUUUCCCAGUGCCAAGUGGAAAUAACCUAUUAGAUUUAAACCCUCCAGCAAUCUCUCGAGAAAGGGACCUGGCUAUUGUGAUUAAUAAUGCUGGAUUUCAGAACCAGCUCAGAACGUCACAAAGGUCUGAGGAUCAAUCUUAUCUCAAUAUUGGGCCUCCUUUUACUGAUGAAGCUAGAAACAUUCUGUUAACUCAGGAAUUACUGAUCAUUGAUUAUUCACUUCUAUUAUAUUUGCCUGCGGAUAAUAAUAAUGAAGAGGACGAUGAACAGGAUGAGGAGACUGUAGCUGGAUUGAGUGAAGAAGAUGUUAUGGCAAACCUUAGGCUUGAAGAGUUCCAAACCCCCACAGGGGUCACUCCAGAAAAUGUUGAUCCAUGUUGCAUAUGUCAGGAGAACUACGCUGAUGGGGAGGACAUGGGGGUGCUAGAUUGCCGCCACAAGUUUCACUACGAUUGUAUCAAAAACUGGCUGGGCAUCAAGAACACCUGCCCCAUCUGCGUACAGACAGGACUAGCUGUGUCAUAG